AGUUUUGCACUUCUAGUUGUAGUACUCUUCUUUAAAUUUUUUAAUUGUAGCACGUAUUUCAUCCUGAAUAUAAUAUGGUUAGCCACAAAAAGAAACUACGAUCUGAGAAGGCCAAAGUUAAGCUUAAGGCAACAAAGUUGCCUAAAGGACUUAAUGUAACAAAAACCGAAUUCAAAGUCCGCAAAAUUACUAUACGGGAACAGUUGAAAGAAACACAAUUUGCUGAUGGGCAGCGCCAACUAAACAUAAAAGAAACAAUUUCGCGAUUAAAACACCACAGCUCAAAUGCCCGUGCUGAUGCCCUUCGAAAACUCCGGGAAGCUUUAAUAGCAAGGAGUGUUAACCUAACUGGUUAUAUGCAUAACGUUGUUCAAAGCAUUUCUGCUAUUUCGCUUGAUGUGGAUAAAGAUACAAGAAGGGAUUCAUUUAAGGUUUUGAAAUGCCUCUUAACAACGUUGACGACAGAAGAAGUUUUGCCUUUCUUUCACAUAAUUUCCUCAUAUUUGCGAUGUGCUAUGACACAUAUUCAGCCAGCGAUACAGGAAGACUCUCUUCUCAUGCUUGAUGUAUUGAUAGAACACGUACCACAAUUGGUAGUAACACAGAGCGCAAAGAUUGUUCGGAAUUUUCUUGAAAUGAUUUCUCGAGCACGAAAAGAAGGUGAUCACACUAGUAGAACCCUUACCGUACGCUUGGGUCAGAAGCAAACAACAAUAAAAUGGCGCACGAAAGUAUUGGAGCGCUUACAACAAAUGCUAUCAACGUUGGUAGAGAGUGAACGUGACAAAAAAAACGAGAGAAAUGUAAACAACUUUACGAAAGUGGUUACAUUUAAUCCAAAUGUUCCGCAAUAUUACGAGAUAAGACGACCGUACCUCAAUUCGGCACCAGAGAUCGAUUUGCUAACACUAUUUAGGCCUUCAUUAAACAGUAAUGGUGCUGGAGCAGUUGAAAAAACUGAAGAGGAAAAGUUGCGAGAAUAUGUUAACCAUUUAUUGCCAUUACUUAUUGAAUCGUGGAUUGAAGUACGGCCGCAGAAUCAAUCAACGUCAAUCACAUUGACUAGUGAAGCCGCACUAACUUUGAAAGUUGUAUUAGAAAUUCUACAGAAUAUAUGGCAGCUUAUUAAGUUGCAUGAACAAGAAAAAAAUCAUAAUCUACUGAGUGACUGGUUCAGAGAGGAAUACGCCGAAAUUUUCGCCAGUAGCUUCUUAACUGAGGUAUUUCCCUACCAGCAGGGAUGUGAAAGAGAUCCAGAAUCAAGUAAAAAGUCGUAUAAGAAACAUUUACAAACACUCAACUCCAGUGGUGGCCAGUUAUGCCUACAGCAAAAUAUAUGUAUAGCAUAUCUAAUAUGCCAAUUUUACAAAUCGCAUAAAACUACCCAACUCGAGGCUAAUAAGUUUGUUUCACUAUUAAAUUAUCUUGAAGAAGUUGUUUCCAAUCUGAAAACACAUUCUUUACAAGAUUACCAUGUGUUAAUACAGGCCCUACGCAUUUGCUUACUGGAGAAUGACAUACAUGUUAUACAGUUACACGGGAAUUUAGCGAACAAUUUACUUAACUCCACCUUGGAGGCAUUCCUAGAAAACCAUUUUCCUGCUAAAUAUAACUCGGAAAGCGAAGUACUUACUCUGGUUUGUGAUAUCAUACGAUCGUGGCAAUUAAGGCAGACCUAUGGAGAUGAAAUUUUUAAACGUUUCAUGCUCUAUCUGCCGCAACUUUUACUCAGACCAAAUAUUCAACUGUCUACUUUAAUCGCCAUGUCAUCGUUAGUCAAACAAAAAAACGCAAUUUUAUUGCAUGAGCUUGAAAAUAAAAUUGAACUUGUUAUUCAAAACAUACAAAAAAUACACGUUUAUGGGGCGGUAAAUGCGUUUGAAGGAAAGAAGCACAUUAUGAACUUGUUUUACUGGACCGAAAAACAGUAUACACCAGAAUAUAAAAAUCAGUUGCUUCAAAAUAUUGAUGAAUACAUUUCGGAUAAAAGGAUUAUAAAUUACUACAAGUAUAUAUUAUCCUAAACUAAAUAAUAUACCGCUAUUCUAAAUAGGAAAUAAAAAUGACUAAUUCA